AUGAGACGGGUCAUAUCAGAACAUAUCCUCCUCCAUAAGACCGAAAGUACAGAAAUAGAAGCACCACACUCACCAAAGCCCCCUACCACAAUCUUGAUAAACAAUAUAUAUUUGAAGGAAGCGGUAGAGAAGCUCUCAUCUAUGAAUCAUCCUGAUGGUGAUUGCCCGUUGUGUUUAUUCCCUUUGGUCACAGAAGAUCACCAAAGUGAAACCUUGCCUUUUAUGAAGUUAAUGUCUUGCUUUCAUUGUUUUCACAGUGAAUGUAUCAUUAGAUGGUGGAAUUGGAUUCAGAGUUCUAAAGAAACAGGCUCUGCCAAUUCAGAUAAUGCAACUGCUCAUUGUAACCGGGAUACUCAUGAAAAAUUGGAAGAGGGUGUUGGAAACUGCCCUGUCUGUCGCAAACCUUUUCAUGCCAAAGAUUUGGACCAUGUACUCGACCUAGUUGGCUCACAUUCUUCCACAGUGGUAAGUUAUUUAGCAUUCGAUAAUGAUGAAAAAAUCCUUCAAUCUCAGCAUGAGAUCAUCAGAAAACAGAGGUUUGAAGCCAUCUUAAGUUUACAGAAGGAGAACAAUGGUUUGAUUGAACCCAAAAAAGGUAUUGUGAUAUUACCUGGUAUGUAUCUUCAACAACCGGUUGCAGUGCCCAACUCCACGUCAACCAAGGAACCUGACGAGAUUGAACAACAAGAAAGAGAUCCACCUGCAGUUGGGUCAGGAAGACAUGUCGGCGGUACCUCAAAUGGGCCUAGUUCAAGUGGUAACAGAAAUUUCGGUGCAAGAAGGCAUAGACCAAGAAACGAUCAUCACUCUAGUUCGACUGCAAGACAUCCGAGAAAACCAGUCCAACAACAGUGGGUUAGAAGAGAUAAUCCUAGCAAUAAGCAAUAGAAAUUAUUUGAUAUAUUUCACUUCUAUUGCUCAUAUUUAUAUAAUAUAUAUCAUAUGAAUGCUUAGAUUGCAAAGAAAUGUACCAAAAGAGUAGAAAAAGACAGGUAGAGUAGAGGUAGCUAUCUUUUCAGUUGGAGAGGAGUAUUGAAGGGAUAGAAAGACACAAAAGAAAAACAAGCACAAUGUCAUUUUUUUUCUUUCCAUUUGGAAUGUUCCAUGUAAUUUAGUUUUGGUUCAGCAAUCAAGUUAUGAAAUGACA